AAAAAAGAUAAGGAGAAAGGAGUUGAAAGUGGAGAGAAAACACAGGAACUAUUUUGUUUCACUAAUAUUCCGUAAUCCACUUGCAAGUUGGUGGUGCUGAUCGUUUCACCUUCUCUCACAAUCAACGCUGCACAAGAAAUCAAUGGAGCUCACACCGCAGCAGCUAAGCCAAUACAACGGUACAGACCCAUCCAAGCCCAUAUACGUCGCCAUAAAGGGCCGAGUCUUCGACGUCACCGCCGGAAAGUCCUUCUACGGCCCCGGCGGCCCCUAUGCCAUGUUCGCCGGCAAAGAUGCCAGCAGGGCACUCGCCAAGAUGAGCAAGAACGACGAAGACGUCUCCCCUUCCCUCGACGGCCUCUCCGAGAAGGAGAUCGGCGUCCUCACCGAUUGGGAGAACAAGUUUCAGGCUAAGUAUCCCGUCGUGGGCCGUGUUCUUAACUAAUUUCAUCGCUGUUUUGUUGUCGUUGUUGUCGUGUUUGAAACCCUAAUUAUGCCGUUUAUAAUGUUUGUGUUGUUGAGUGCGCUUUGACAUGAAAAAUUUCCGCUAUAAUAAUAACAAUAAAAGCCCUUUCUCUGUGUGUAUUGCAUA